AUGAGUCGUCGACCAUAUUCACGUUCGGAUAAACAAGAUGACGAUUACAAAUAUCGAGUCAAUAAGAAAUGUUCUGAUCGUUCUCGAUCACCAAUAUCUUCUCAUUCUUCAUAUGGUAUCACAAAUGAAUCAUAUAAAAUUAAAAAACAAGAACAUUCUAGCCGUUAUCCGCAAUUGUCAUCAUCAACGAAAUCUAAUGGAUUUAUUCCUGAUGAAGAAACAAAAAAAUUUUAUGAUAAACCUUCAAGUAAUGAUACUGGUUUUUGGACAUCUGAAGAUUAUACAUUUCGUGAUAUGCUUGCUAAAGAUAUUCGUGAUGAAAUUGAAGAUGAUAUUGCAAGUAAAGAUUCUGAUGAUGAAUCUGAAGAAGAUCCUGAAAUAGCUGAAUAUGCUGAUCGUGCUGAUAUGGAUGAUGAUGAUGAUGAACAAAAAAAAACUAUUGUUGAACGUACAAUUCCAUUGAAAACAGAUGAUGAAAAAAAGAAAGAUAUUAAACCAAAUCAAACAAUAACCAAUCAAAAAACAUCAUCAUCUCGACAAUAA